GAGCUGCCCAGUCGGUCCUCAUCGGCCCUGUCGAGCACCUCCCGCGCGGCGGACGGAUUGCAUGGCCGUGCUGGUCGGCUCCAGGCGCUUGGCGCCUCCGGCAGCAGCCUCGGCGGCGGGCCCGGGGGCCCCGCGAGCCCCUCGGGCGGCUACGCGUUCCUGGAGGACGACCCCGCCCGGAACCUCGAGAGCCCAGGCUCCUACGAGGUCCUGGAGGCCCCGGCGCCAGAGGUCGCAGCGGCCUCGCGCCCGCGGGCCGCGAGCCCCGACGGCCCCGGCACGCCGCCCCUCGGCCCGAGCCCGGCGGGCAUCCUCGGCACCCACGGGAGGGCCCGGCAGCGGCUGGUGCCAGCGCGGUCGCGCUCGAGCACGGCGGACUCCGCCUCCGACCGGGAGGAGAGCUCGGCACGGGCGUGUCACGGCGGCGCGGCGAGAGGGACGGCGCGCGGGAUCGCGCCGGCACGGCGUCGAGCUUCGGCUCGAGCUUCAACAACGACAUGGCCCAGGGCAUCGCGAACAGAGACAGGUUCGGCCAGAAGGGCAGGGCGCUGAAUCAGGGCAUCGAGAAGAGGGGCAUGCUACGGGACUGGCUGACGAAAACGCGUCGCGCAACCUCUGCGGACAAGAACAAGCAGGAUAGCUCCGCGUGGGAGAGGGAGUUCUCGAUUUCGGUGCUCACCGAGGAGGACUUCGACCACGCCUUCGGCGCGACACAAUGGCGGAGGCUGGGUUUCAGCAUCAGGAAGAUCGAUUUCAGUGACUCCAGGUACCAGCUGGAGACCCUGAACGGUGGAGCCGCGCACGGCCUGUGCAACAGGAAACUGCACAAGAGGAAGUGCACCUACGUCGAUGUUUCGGGGAACAGGCUUACCGACAUCUCCUGCCUGAGUCGGGACCACACAUGCAGGGCGCAGGAGAACGACCAUCACGGAGAGUCUCCCCAUUGCGGAGGGUGCGAGAAGCUCAUCACGCUGCAGGCGCGAAGAAACCUGAUCACGGACCCUGUCUUAGAUUUGCCCAAGUUGGUCCACCUGAACCUCGCCCACAACGAGCUGCGGAACAUACCCCCGCUGGAAAGGCUGCCCAUGCUCGAAGUGUUGGUCCUGUCGUACAACCACCUGUCAGGUCCUAUGGACACCCUGAAGGUGGUCUACAACGAGGGCUCCACCUCGGGCGGCAAGCGGAUCACGCGGCUGGAGUUGGACCACAACGACUACGACUACACCCCGUCGCAAUUCCAGAAGGCACUCGAUGUCCUGCAGACGCUCCAGAACCUGGAGGCGCUGAAGUUCACUAGGAACCCUUUUGUGGCGUGCUUCAGGCAGUACCAGAUCUACGUGGUUGAGAAGUUGGGCAAGCUUCGCUCGCUGGACGGAGAGCCGAUCUCGAACGAGGUCCACAGACUUGUGGAGAGCAUAGGGGGGAAGCUCGGCCCUCUGGCCGCCUACGACGAGGAGUUCCUCCAGAAGAAGGCAGAGCGCGACAAGGAGGCACAGAGCCUGAAGUGGGAGCCGCGCCCGCGGAUGGCCAACAUUCUCAAGGAGACUGAGAAGGCGUACGAGGUCCUCCAGCAGCUGAAGAAGUAUGGACUGGACGACGACCGCGACCGCUCCUCGUACAGUGAUCUGCACGAGGGCCUCCACAAUCUCCUCUCGGAGGCGGAGAAGCUCCACUAUCGGUCGGUGGACUUCCACAUGCACAGGCACUUCUACAAGACGGAGGAGGACAAGCGCCCCAUCAACAAAUUCACUCUCGAGGACAUCCGGAAGUACUUUUGGGACGACGUUGUCAAGGACGAAGUCCUGAAGGGUCCAGCAGAAGUGGACCCGGACAUGUUGGACAAGCACAACGAAGCGGUGGAGGAGGCGAAGAAAGAGAUGCAGGAUAGGUUUUUCCUUCGCCUGGACGCGCUCAUGGCCCAGUACGAGGCGAUCCGCAGGGACAUCUUCGCCGUCCUGGGCCACCUGACCUGCCUGCCCGAGUUUGGCUUCGGCGAGAUGUGCCUCAUGUACAUUGCGAAAAAGGUGCCGACGGGCGACGAGUACCGGCGCCUCUUCAGAGAGACGGUGGCGACCGUGCUCAUCCCGCACAUGAGGGACAAUUUGAUGAAGGACUACCGGCACCGCAAGGAGAUCCAGUACGAGGUUCAGGACGGCUCGACGGAGCCGCACGACGGGCUGGGCAUCCGGACCAGGACGCUGAUGAGCGGCUUCCUGCGCCUGCUGUCUCUCCGCGAGACGAACACGGUGCACAAGGACAUCGUUCGCGCGGUGCUGGAGUGCGGCCAUCCUGGCUGGGCGAGCGACGGCGCGAAGCGGACGGAGGGCACCCAGGGCGGGGUCGACGAGUACGAGCCCGGGGACAACUGCCUGGAAUGGGCCCUCAUACACUUCAUGUGGCUGUCGAAGCCCAGAGAGAACGGCAACACGGAGGAGUUCAGCAUGGAGGUCGCCAGCGUGUGGAGCAGGGUGCUACAAUUCCAGUUCGCCGAUGACCAGUUUGAGGGGCACUUGUCCAGCCAGCUCGGGGACGACGCGGACAGUGACGAAGGCGACGACCCGUCGCACUCGCAGCACGGGAGGCUGCGGGAGCUGCGGGGCCUGGCCCAGUCUGGGCUUGCCAAGUUGAAGAAGCGCACCCCGCGCAACUACGUGGCCCAGCACCUCCGCCAAUCCGCCAUGGCGCUCUCGCUCCACCACACCCCGAAGGCGGCGGGCAGGCCCGACGACUCCACCGAGGGGCCCCUCUUCGAGUUCCCCGCGGAGGAGAUUGUGCGCUUCCUGAAGCAGAUGUUCGACCACGGUGGCGACUGGAUCACGGAGAACUACGCGAACAUCCUGAAGAUCACCAGCAGCAGCUACCAGGACGCCCCCCGCGACCACGACGGCGCGGCCUCGACGGGCCGAGGGGUCAGCACGCAGUGCAUCAAGCACCUCAAGGCCGAGCCGCCCCCCGCCACGCGGCGCGCGGUGGCCACGCCGCAGCACCACGGCCGCGCCCCGGUGCCCCUCGGCAGCCCCGCGGCAGGUCAUGCCGGCGCAGAUGCCAUCACCACCCCAGCCCCCGGAAUGCGCCGCCGACGUGAUGGCGCGGGCUCCAGCGAAGGCGACGGCAGCACCCCGGCGUGCAAGCGAAGGGCUGCGGCGUCGGCGAGGGAGGACUCCCGCGCACAGGCCGCCAAGGCGGCGGGCUCCGAGGAGCCCCGCGAGGGGGAGCCGCAGGUCGUGUCGGUCGACGAGUGGCAGGGGUACACUCUGCGAGAUCUGCAGCGGAUCAUCGACGGCAUGAUGCCCCGCUACCAGCACUUGCUGAGCGACGAGGAGGCGCGCGGGCGUCGCCGCCUUCGCCGCCCUGCCGCUGCGCUGCCGGCAGCUGUGCGCGCGGCUGCUCUGCCGCAGGUGGCCGCGCUGGGUGCCGGCCGCCGGGCUGGCGCCGGCGAGCUUGGGGAGGAGGAGGCGCGGGCCGCGGUGGCGGAGCUCGCGCGGCCGCGCGGUGGAGGAGGGAAGCCUGGCUGCUGGACUCGGGCGAGGAGACGGCGGCCGGGCUGCUCGCCAGGCGGCUCCCGCCCGAGGAGGCCGGCGCGCGAGGCGCCGCGGCCGGCGGCGACAGCUUCGGCACGCUGCUGCUGA